GUGUUUUGUUAUAUAUCAAGUUACCGGUCUCAAUUAUAAAUAUGCUGCUUUAUAUUGAUACAAUAUACGUACCCUUAACAAAGCAUCAAUCACCGUCCCUCACAGAUAGACCGACGGUACAAUGUCGGUUAUAAUGGAGGACACUCUCCCCUUCAACGAGGGAGAAAUGGCCAUGCAUCAAAAACUCAAUGUUCCGCCACGAGAAAACCCAACAACUCCGUUCCUCACUCCCUACGGGGCUUAUAUGUUAUCGACCGCGCCGCUGUUGAGCAUGGGAGCAUUGGAUACCGAGGGCAGGCCGUGGUCGACCGUAUGGGGCGGCGAAGCUGGUUUCGCGGGGUUACUAGGGAAGAACGUCGUUGGUAUGAGAGCGCUCGUUGAUAGGGCUUACGAUCCCGUGGUACAAGCUUUGCUGGGUGAAACCGCUGACGGCACGGUGAUCAAGGCAGAUAAGAUGUUGUCUGGAGUUUCUAUCGACUUGGAGAAUAGAACCAGAGUAAAGCUCCAUGGGAGAAUGGUUUUGGGGACUUUGACGGAUGCUGAGGAUAACGAAGCCCCUUCAGAUGUAGCAGGGAGCCGAGGGAAGAUGCAGUUGGUCGUCAAAAUUGAUGAAAGUUUAGGAAAUUGUCCCAAAUACUUGAAUAAGAAACAUAUUAUACCAGCGGUACCGGAACCUCGACUUAUUUCUGACUCCCCUCAGCUUCCACCACAGGCGAUAGAACUACUUAGCCGUGCGGACUGCAUGUUUAUAUCCUCAUCUCAUAAUAACAUUGACAUGGAUACAAAUUACCGUGGCGGUCCAUCCGGUUUCGUACGAGUCAUCUCUAACACUUCUGACGGAGCUGUCCUAGUCUAUCCAGAAUACUCUGGGAAUCGCUUAUACCAGUCGCUAGGCAACAUGGUAAUCAACCACCGGGCUGGCAUUGUGUUUCCGGAUUUCGAAACUGGCAAUGCUCUUUAUAUAACAGCCACAACCGAAAUUUUUAUAGGAGAGGAUGCAGACGCCAUACUGCCAAGAUCAAACCUUGUAAUCAAAAUGACUGUCGUAGGAGCACGGUUUGUCCAGAAAGCCUUGGCCUUUCGAGGAGUCCCGGGUGAGCAAUCACCUUACACACCUCCGAUGCGUUAUCUCCGUAACGAAAAAGCCGACAUAAUUUCAAGCGCAGAACAGACCAAUUCUAUCAUGGCAAAAGUUAUCCAGAAGGAAAUCCUGAAUCCAUCGACUGCUCGAUUCCGAUUUAGACUGUUAUCUCCGACGAAUCUCCCUAAGUAUAAACCCGGUCAGUAUGCCAUAUUCUCUUUCAAAGAUGAGCUCGACCUUGGCUACAGUCAUAUGCGGGACGAUGACCCACUGAGUCUUAACGACGACCUUAUUAGAACCUUCACAGUCUCUUCAUUCCCAGGACACGGUUUACCAGAUAACGAGUUUGAGAUUACAGUGCGAAAGAACCGAAAAGUGACCUCGCACUUAUUUCAAUGGAAUCCACGCACGGAUCUUGAGGUACCCAUGAUGGGCUUUGGAGGAUCUUUCCAUAUCGAUAAAAAUAGCAAGGAUACAUUGAUUCCAUUCAUCGCUGGAGGUAUCGGGAUAACCCCUCUUCUCGGCCAGCUACCCGGCCUUGACAUGUCGCGUCUUCGACUGUUCUGGUCAGUAUCUAUUAGCGAUAUCGGUCUCGUGCAAGACACAUUUGAUAGGUUUCCUAACUUACCAUCAUCGACUACGUUAUUCAUCACGCAAACAGAUAUUAUUGAAAACAAUGCCAUGAAGAAUGAGUUGAUAUCAAUUUUGAAAUCUGGAGCUAUAGUUCGACGACGUCGAAUAGAGGCAAAGGAUUUGGAUGUUUUUGCUGAUACUUUCUACCUUUGUGCUGGAAGUACAUUGCGGGCUUCGGUUUUGGGGUGGUUGAAAGGGAAAAAUGUGAUUUAUGAAAAUUUCACAUAUUAACCAUUUUUUAGGAUAAAAUUACAAUUUAAUAUCUCAUGAUAUAAUAGCUAG